AUGGAUACGAUCUUACCAGCGUUGAGUGACGAGCCCUGUCGCUAUCCAGAUCUCUGCCUCAGCCUCUCCAACAGGCUCAUCCACUGUCUCACAGACAUUGUUGCCUCGGCCAGCAACAGUUCCAGCCCAACCCUCGUCCUCUCUGUCGGUAGUGGCAGUGGGCUCCUGGAAGCUCACCUGCAAGCCCGUUGGGCAGCUCAUCCCGAGGGCAGCAACCUCGAGGUCCGAGGCGUUGAAAUCCGCACCACACCCCCCGCACGUCCUGUCAACCGUUGGCUUCCUGAGGAAUAUUGCAGCACUGUCAGAGGAACCUGGGAGCUCUCCUCAGACCUCAAAUCCGCAGGGGCCCUACUGUUCGUCUACCCGCGAGAGCCUGGCUUGAUCAGCCGGUAUCUGUUGGCGGCUGCCGAGAAGCAGGACAGCCUCUUGAGCACGGUGGUGUGGCUAGGCCCCCAGGCUGACUGGCAGACCUUUGAGGCUUGCCUGCGCGAUGCACCAGGCUUUGGGCCUAUCCAGAUCAUACAAGAUUGCGGGUUGGUCGAGUAUGAGAUGAUGGCCGUCAUACGCAGGCCAUCGAUCGAUACCCUUCCACCACCAUCCUAA